CUGAUGAGUAGGAAUACAUAGAGCAUAAUUUGACAUGUAUGUGUAUCUGCAUGGUUGCAUAGGUAUACCAUAUAUAUUUCUGUACAAUGGCAGACUUCUCUAGGGUGGGGGCAGGAAAGUGAAGGAAAAACAUUUAUAAUUUUGUUGUUUAUUUGAAAGGAACAGCAAGUUGUAUGCUGCAGAAUUACUGUUUGAUGGUCAAUGAUCUUUUUCAUUUUACUAAAUUUGGAUUUACUUGUUUGUAAAUUAAAGGUAAAACAAAAUAUUAUGUUCUUUUCAUAUAUUCACCUUGCAAGUUAGUUAUACUUGUUUGACAGUAGAGGAAACUGAGGCAAACUGUUUAAUAUACUUACCAAGCGGUGUACAGCUUAUAACUAUCCAAGUCUUCAUUUAAGCUCAGGUACUCCUGCCUCUAUGCCCCUGUGUCCCUCCACUGCCCUAUUGGCUCCACAUAAUUUCUAGAUAAUGGAAACUCAGGAAUGAGUCUGUCCUUCUCUGAAGAAGGGGUUUCAGGACUGAGGUCCCUCUUCAUCUGGCCAAGGCCGCUCAGGCCCAAGAACCCUUUGUACCCAGGUAUGGGGUUAGACGUUUCUGCCACAAUGGAACCCAACAGGAUAAGAGGUGGGGGAAGAGCAUUUGCCUAUUUCUCAGGACACCUUGUACAACAGCAUGAUGGGGCAAACCCUAUCAUGGGUUACUAGCAUUACAAGCACUAGUGGGUGACCAUAGACUCACAUGUUUAAAGGGGAUGAAUCUCUAAAUGGAGCAGUUCUGGAUCCUCACCUCAUUUCUUAAAGAGAACUAAAUUUCAAGCUUCUCUCCUUCGUCCCUAACUGUUUUCCAUGCCCAGGGCUUCCAAUUCCCAGAGAAGAUGUGAUCUCUUAUUUUGAGCAAAGGGAAGUACCCUGGAUGCUGCACCCAGAAGGUCUGAGGAGCUGCCUUCCAGAAAAAGACAUCAGACUUGAAACGAAGGAACAUACUACCGAGCAAAACCUUUCAGUGGUAAAAUCUCUCAAGCCAAGGUUCAUCAGUGAUGGUCCUGCUAACUUCACUUGGCAAGAGAUCUGUGAUGAACCUGAGAAAAUUCACAUUGGAGAAAAAUCUUAUGAAGAUAAGCGAAUUGGAAAGGCUUUCACAGAAAGUGCAGCUCUUACUAGACAUUUACAGAGAAUUUAUACUGGAAAGAAACAUUAUGAAUGUAACCAAUGUGGAAAGGCUUUUACACAAAGGGGACCUCUUACAGCACAUCAGAGAAUCCAUACUGGGGAGAAACCUUAUAAAUGUAACCAGUGUGGGAAGGCUUUUACACAAAUGGGACCUCUUAUAGCACAUCAGAGAACACACACUGGGGAGAAACCUUAUAAAUGUAACCAGUGUGGAAAGGCUUUUACACAAAGGGGAGCUCUUACUGGACAUCAGAGAAUACACACUGGAGAGAACCCUUAUAAAUGUAAUCAAUGUGGAAAGACUUUCAAAUAUAAGCAUAGUCUUCCUGUUCAUCAGAGAAUCCACAAUGAAGACAAACCUUAUAAAUGUAAUGAGUGUGGAAAGGCAUUUAGACAAAAGGGAGCUCUUAAUGUACAUCAGAGAAUCCACAUUAGGGAGAAGCCUUAUAAAUGUAACCAAUGUGGAAAGGCUUUUACAAAUCAGAGAGCUCUUACUGUACACCAGAGGAUCCACACCGGGGAGAAACCUUAUAAAUGUAACCAGUGUGCAAAGACUUUUAGGAAAAAAGAUAUUCUUAUUGUACAUCAGAGAAUCCACACUGAAGAAAAACCAUAUGUAUGUAACCAGUGUGGAAAGGUUUUUAGACAAAGGGGUGCUCUUACUGUGCAUCAGAGAAUCCAUACUGGGGAGAAACCUUAUGAAUGUAACCAGUGUGGAAAGACUUUUACACAAAGGGGAACUCUUACAGGACAUCAGAGAAUCCACACUGGAGAGAACCACUUUGAGUGUAAUCAAUGUGGAAAGACUUUUGCACAAAAGGGAACUCUCACUGCCCAUCAGAGAAUCCACACUGGAGAGAAACCUUAUGAAUGUAACCAGUGUGGAAAGGCUUUUAGAGAAAAGAGAAUUCUUAUUGGACAUCAGAGAAUCCACACUGGAGAGAACCCCUUUGAAUGUAAUCAAUGUGGAAAGACUUUUGCACAAAAGGGAACUCUUACUGUACAUCAGAGAAUCCACACUGGAGAGAAACCUUAUGAAUGUAACCAGUGUGGAAAGGCUUUUAGAGAAAAGAAAUUUCUUAUUGGACAUCAGAUAAUCCACAAUGGAGAGAACCCUUAUGAAUGUAAUCAAGGUGGAAAGACUUUCAAAUAUAAGCAGAGUCUCCCUGUACACCAGAGAAUUCACACUGAAGAGAAACCUUUUGAAUGUAACCAGUGUGGAAAGGCUUUUAGAAAACAGGAAGCUCUCACUGUACAUCAGAGGAUCCACACUGGAGACAAACCUUAUGAAUAUAACCAGUGUGGAAAGACUGUAUAUACAAAUCUGAUUGGUUUUUACCAGUUCUGUGAUGAAAUACAAAGACAUUAAAAUAAGGAAGAAAAUGAAUAAGGGACAGAAUACUGGGAGAAGAUGAUGUGGCUGAUACCUUCCAUUCUUAAUCUUGUCUUACUGUAACCCUGUAGGGAGAGUGAGAAAAGGAAAGGAAAAGUUGCCUUGGGAUAGCAUACAGCUUCUUGAGCACAUUGGAGCCUUCCUUUUCAUCUGGUCAUCUAUCUGAAAGACCUCCUGAUGAAAUGGGAAGAUCCCUACUUUUGGAGUAAGAGGACAUGGGCUAAAAUUCUGGUUCUGUGGGUAAACUAAUUUAACUUUAACGCUAUAUUCAGGUUAGGGUUCAGAUCUCUUCCAGCUCUAAAUCCUUUGAGAGGAUCAAGAGGAGCUUGAAAAUGAACCCUACCCUUCAAUGCCACAUUCCUGGGUCCUCAGGUUCAGAUUAAGAAUAAUAAUUCAGGUGACAUCACUAAGCUUUCUUGGUGUGAUUGGCAAUUUGGAGAUUCAGCAAGAUAUGGGAAAUUCUCAAGCUAGAGCUUUGUUUAAUGAAGAAACUUGUACAUCAUUCCUAAAUAAAUAAAUCUGUGCAGCUCAUGAAA